AUGUGGUUGAAGCACCGAGAAUUAUUUCUGCAGGAAAUGAUCUGUCUUGAAGGAAGAUGUAAUAGACUUGGCGCUCAAUCUUGCUCGGAGUGUAAUUGUCCCAGCCCAGAGUAUAGGUGUUGGGACUGCUUAGGGUCAGAGAUCUAUUGUUCACCUUGCAUCCUGUUGGCUCAUGUGCACCACCCACUUCACCAAUUGGAGAAAUGGAAUGGUCAAUACUUCAAGCGAAUCUCUCUGAAAACCCUGGGCCUUCGCAUCCAGCUUGGCCACACCACUGGCCAGAAAUGUCUUAAUCCUUGUCGCGCAUUCAAUGAUGAUUUUAUUGUUGUCGACACCCAUGGCAUACACGAAGUAUCUCUCGACUUCUGCAAUUGCGCAACAGCCCAAAGCCAUAUACAACAGCUACUUCAAAUAUUGUGGUUUCCUUCAACAAUGUCAGAUCCAAAAACCGCUGUGACAUUCCAUGUUCUUGAACACUAUCACCUACUCUCAUUUGAGUCAAAAGUAUCUGCCUUCGAAUUUUAUAAUGUGCUCAGCCGGAUGUCCAAUAACACUGGCUUACUUCCCAUCAAGGAUCAGUAUGAUUCAUUUACACGGAUGAUAUGUGAGUGGCGCCACUUGAAGAUGCUUAAGCACUCGGGGCGAGGUCACGAUCCCAGCAGUGUAGAUGGGACAGUUGAGGGUGAAUGUACUAUAUUGUGCCCAGCGUGCCCACACCCAGGGAAGAAUCUCCCAGCUGGUUGGAAAGAUGCUCCUCAACAGUGGCUAUAUGGAUUAUUCCUCACUAUAGACACAAUCUUCCACUUAAAACGCAAGGCUGUUUCAAGCAACAGUGUUGACCCAAGCCUGAGUCGUGGCUGGGGAUAUUUUGUCGAGGACAAAGCAUAUAAAGAUUUCUUGCACAGCGGUGCAGACAGCAUCCAGGAGAAAUCAACGUGUUCAAGUCACAAUGCUGUAAACAUGGCUGAUACAAAAUCUAACCAUGGACUCGCUACCACUGGUUUAGGUACUGUCGACUGUGCCCGCCAUAACAUGAAACUGCCCAAUGCCAUUGGGGAUCUUCAAAAGGGUGAAAGAUAUAUUAACAUGAACUACUUGUUUUUCUCAGCACUACGUCAUACUGUACUCGACACUCUCAAUUGCCUUUCUGAUUUGAUGCAUCUCUCGCAUGCCAUCAAGACAAUCUCAUUUUUCGUGCCAAAGUUCCACCUUCCCACUCAUAUUAAGCAGUGCCAAACAUCAUUUUCAUUCAAUUUCAAGAACGGGGUAGGCAGGACUGACAGAGAAGCACCAGAACGUGGCUGGGCCAACAUCAACCCCAUUGCUUCGAGCACCAAAGAAAUGGGGCCUGGCACACGGCGAGACACCCUUGACGACUACUUUGGAGACUCAAAUUGGAAAAAGGUUGUUGGACUUGGUCAUACUAUGCUUCACAAGAUAAAGAAUGCAUUCCCAGAGCGCGAGAACCAUCGUGAAGCCUUUGAGGACCUCAAUGAUGGUUUGCGAGGCGAAUAUGGUGCCACCCUCAAACAAUGGAGAGAACAAGUGGAGGCUUGGGAGAACGACCCUACACAGCCUAAUCCUUUCAAACAAAAAGCAGAAAAACUGGCUAAGGAGGACGAGAUCAACCUUCAAACAGGAACUUGCCUUGCCCUACAUGAGGAUUGCACCCCUAGCAUAUUAAUCAGUACCAGCUUAGAACUUGAGGAACAACAACGGCGAAUGAAAGCAAGCAGAGCUGGCCUCAGAGUUCACACAACAGAUAAUCAAGAAGGGAAGACGGUUCAGCAAAGCAACACUCUCCGACGGAGGAUUGAUACCUGGAUGAGGAUGCAGGAAUUAUACAUGCUGUCACUCGCUGCACUACGUGUGAGCAAGAGUUCAGUAUCUGGCAGCAUGACUGCUGCACCAGAAGCAAUCAAGCUCUGGCUGCCAUCCCAGAUCAGCAGGACUGCACCUUGCAACAGCGGCCUCCAGGCCAUCGAAUGGAAGCUGCAGUAUGCACAAGGUCACGAUGCACUUCGCUCUCUGUGUUCAAACUUACGUGCUCAGACUGCAAUCCUCAAGUACAAGGACCGCAACCUCCGUGGACAAGGAGCAAACACAAGGGCACAGAAUACAUUGAAAGCUGUUGAGGCGAGGAUUGGGGCUGCUGCCAGCACUUAUGAGUAUGCACAUAAAGCCCUUGUGGUUCUUUCACCGCGAGUGAAUCAGACUGGGUGGCACUCAUCACUGCGACCACUAGACCGAGCUGACGUCCGCUCGAUGACGGACUUAUUAUGGGGAGAAACAGAGGGAACAAGAAAGUUGUUGUGGAUUUGGAAUAUGUGGGGAGUGGCUGCCAAUGAGAUAGACAAGGACAAUGCCUCGGAAGACAUGCGAAUAGAAUGGUGCAAAGCCAGGGCAUGGGAAAUGCACUGGGCAGAAGAGGUGGAAUUGUUGAAGGAGGAGAUGCGAAGGAUUCUGCAAUUUUUGGAAUGGGACGCGCAGCGCUGGGACGAGCAAGGCCUGGAAAACACGUUAGAGGAUGCAGGUGAAGAUGAACGUGAGGGCCGUAUGGCAUAUGCCAAACGUCAAGCUUCCUUACGUCGAAUGCUUGCUGAGUCCUUCAAGACCAGCUGGACCGACACCUUGGCACUGGUGGACACAUUUGACCACAACUUGCUCGUUGCUCAGCAAGACAUGGACAUGGACACAUAG